AAGCCUUAAAGUGGCCUGGUUGCCGGGGCGGGCCGUAGAGGCCGCCAGUCGCCGCGAUCUUCUCCUCGCGUCUGGGGCGUUAUCGUCACCAUGUCCCUAAUGGCCUCGGCGGGCCGGGGCCUGGGGGCCGUGUGGUCCCCAACCCACGUGCAGGUGACGGUGCUGCAGGCGCGGGGCCUGCGGGCCAAGGGCCCCGGGGGCACGAGCGACGCGUACGCGGUGAUCCAGGUGGGCAAGGAGAAGUACGCCACCUCGGUGUCGGAGCGCAGCCUGGGCGCGCCUGUGUGGCGCGAGGAGGCCACCUUCGAGCUGCCGCCGCUGCUGUCCUCCGGGCCCGCGGCCGCCGCCACCCUGCAGCUCACCGUGCUGCACCGCGCGCUGCUUGGCCUCGACAAGUUCCUGGGCCGCGCCGAGGUGGACCUGCGGGAUCUGCACCGCGACCAGGGCCGCAGGAAGACGCAGUGGUAUAAGUUGAAAUCCAAACCAGGAAAGAAGGACAAGGAGCGAGGAGAAAUUGAGGUUGACAUUCAGUUUAUGAGAAACAACAUGACUGCCAGCAUGUUUGACCUUUCUAUGAAAGACAAGUCUCGGAAUCCAUUUGGAAAACUGAAGGACAAGAUCAAGGGGAAGAAUAAGGACAGCGGGUCAGACACCGCCUCAGCCAUCAUCCCUAGCACGACGCCUUCGGUCGACAGUGAUGAUGAGUCUGUGGGCAAAGACAAGAAAAAGAAAUCGAAGAUCAAGACCUUAUUUUCCAAGUCGAAUUUGCAGAAGACACCUCUUUCCCAGUCCAUGUCUGUCCUGCCGACUUCAAAGCCAGAAAAAGUGCUGCUUCGUCCCGGAGACUUUCAGUCCCAGUGGGAUGAAGACGACAAUGAGGACGAGUCCUCCUCAGCCUCGGAUGUCACGUCUCACAAGAGAACAGCGAGUACAGAUCUUAAGCAACUGAACCAGGUCAACUUCACCCUUCCCAAGAAGGAAGGACUUUCCUUUCUUGGCGGCCUUCGGUCUAAGAAUGAUGUCCUUUCCCGCUCUAAUGUCUGCAUCAAUGGGAACCAUGUUUACCUGGAGCAGCCAGAAGGCAAGGGUGAGACCAAGGACAGCAGCCCAUCCUCCUCCCCAUCCCCGAGGGGCUUCAGAAAGAAGCAUUUGUUUUCUUCUACGGAGAACCUGGCGGCUGGGUCUUGGAAGGAGCCUGCUGAAGGAGGUGGGCUGUCUUCUGACAGGCGGUUCUCCGAAUCUUCCACCAAGGACUCCUUGAAGUCUAUGACCCUGCCGUCCUACCGACCUGCCCCACUGGUCAGUGGGGACCUCAGGGAAAACAUGGCCCCCGCAAACUCGGAGGCUGCAAAAGAAGCCAAGGAGAGCAAGAAACCAGAGAGCAGGAGGUCCUCUUUGCUGUCUCUGAUGACGGGGAAGAAGGACGUGGCUAAGAGCAGUGAAGGUGAAAACCCUCUCACGGUCCUGGGGAGGGAGAAGGAAGGCAUGCUGAUGGGGGUUACGCCCGGGGAGGACGCGUCGGGGCCUGCUGAAGACCUUGUGAGAAGAUCCGAGAAAGAUACUGCAGCUGUUGUCUCCAGACAGGGCAGCUCCCUGAACCCCUUUGAAGAUGUGCAGAUCACAGAACCAGAAGCUGAGCCGGAGUCCAAGUCUGAACCGAAACCUCCAAUUUCCUCUCAGAGGGCUCCCCAGACCAGAGCUGUCAAGCCCCGACUGGAAGUGUCUCCGGAGGCGCAACCCACAGCCAGGCUUCCUUCCCCCGCUGACUCCGCUUCCUCUCUUCCUCUCCCUUCUAGUUCUGGCCAGGCACCUGUCCCCUCUGAAUUGGGACAUGGUACAGACACACAGUCUUCUGAGAGUCCUGUCUUCUCCUCUCUCUCAUCUCCCAUAGCAGCUCCCAUUUCCACAUCCACUCCAAUGGAAAGCUGUCCUCUCAUAGAUAGGGGCCAGGCCAAGUCUGAAGAACCACCCUUGCUCCCUAAGGCAGAGUUGCAAACGGAGAGUUUAACACCAGUUCCAAAUUCUGGUUCUUCUGCCCUGGGAUCACUUUUCAAACAGCCAUCCAUUCCAGCGAAUAAAGGGACAGAAAAUUCUCUGAUGGGCAGGACCCGUGAGACAGGCACAGAGAAGAACACCAGCAGCCUUGAGUUGGAGGAGUCUCUCCCGGAGCAGCCUGAAACGGGGCGACAAGAGGAAGAACUUCCGAGAUUCCCCCACAAAAAACAAGACUACAGCCCAUCAUCUGGAGAGGCCCAGGAAGUACCGUCUGCCCUUUCACUCAGCAGUGAUGGAGCUGCGAGCCCCGUUGGGGAGCUUGUGGCAGGAGGAGACAGAGACUUGGAGAGUCAGGCUGGGUCUCUUGUGGGGCGCAAAGCUAGGGAUGCAGUUGAAGAAGCAGCACCCCCUCUUCCAGUGGGAGAAUGGGUCCCUUCCAUUGAUUCCACGAUGCAGAAGCUGGAAGAGAGGGGUCUGAACCUCCGUGAGGGCCAGAAGAAAACCAAGAAGCGCGUGUCAUUUUCUGAGCAGCUCUUCACAGAAGAGGUGGUAGAGAGGGCCGUCCCGCUGGUGGAAGGACAGAGCAGUUGUCCCCAGGAGCUGACCCCUGCAUGGGCUGUUGCUGGAAACGCCUCUGAUGGAGAGCCUCCUGGGUCUCCCCACACAGAGGACUCAGAGAGGGAAUCGGUGACCACACCUGGGCCAGCGACGUGCGGUGUGCCAGCCUCCCCGGCGGGUCACCUCCUCCUCCCCUCCCAGGAGGAGAGUUUCUCCGAAGGCCCCACAAGUGAAGCAAGCUCAGCGAAAGACACUCCACUCUUUAGGAUGGAGGGAGAGGAUGCCCUUGUGACUCAGUAUCAGAGCAAAGCCAGUGACCAUGAAGGUUUAUUGUCUGACCCCUUGAGUGACCUUCAGUUGGCCUCAGAUUUUAAAUCUCCAGUCACGGCCGAUCUGAACUUAAGCCUUCCUUCCAUUCCUGAAGUCGCAUCGGAUGAUGAAAGAAUAGAUCAGGUUGAAGAUGACAGAGAUCAGGUUGAAGAUGAUGGAGAGACAGCAAAGUCGUCAACUCUGGACAUAGGAGCUUCAUCCUUGAGCUUGGUAGUCCCCUGUCCUGAGAGGGGAAAGGGGCCCAGUGGCAAGGCAGAUAGGUUGGCACUGGGGGAGGGCCUGCGUGAUUUCAGCCUGCAAGCACCCAAAGCAUCUGUGACAGCUCCUUCAGAGCAGACCACAGAGUUCGGAAUUCACAAACCACAUCUUGGCAAGAGCUCAAGCUCUGAUGAACAGCUGCCAGGCCCCAGUAGUGGUGAGGAAGAAAAACCGGUGGGAAAUGGGAGUCCAAGCCCGCCUCCUGGCACGUCCCUGGACAAUCCUGUACCCAGCCCCUCCCCUUCUGAGCUCUUUCCUGCCACACACUCUUUCCCCAGCUCUGCACAUUCUGACACUCACCACACCAGCACAGCAGAAUCUCAAAAAAAAGCCACAGCAGAGGGCUCCGCUGGUAGAGUUGAAAAUUUUGGCAAGAGGAAGCCACUCCUCCAGGCCUGGGUCUCACCCUCGGAGACACAUCCAGUCUCAGCUCAGCCAGGCGCUGGAACUGGGUCAGCCAAGCACAGACUUCAUCCUGUGAAGCCAAUGAAUGCAACGACCACCAAGGUUGCUAACUCCAGCUUGGGAACUGCCACCAUCAUCAGUGAGAACUUGAACAACGAGGCCAUGAUGAAGAAAUACAGCCCCUCGGACCCUGCGUUUGCAUACGCACAGCUGACCCACGAAGAGCUCAUCCAGCUGGUCCUCAAACAGAAGGAAACGAUAAGCAAGAAGGAGUUCCAGGUCCGCGAGCUGGAAGACUACAUUGACAACCUGCUUGUCAGAGUCAUGGAAGAAACCCCCAAUAUCCUCCGCAUCCCGGCUCAGGUUGGCAAAAAAGCAGGAAAGAUGUAAAUCAGCAGGAAAAAAAACACCGAGACGUUUUUGUGACUUCACCUUCACCUGCUCUAGGGGUCAAGGACUCGCCCUGCCUGACAACCAGCCAGCAGGCUCCGAAUCACCGUCCCCCUCACAUGUUAUCUGGCAAGAGUGAAUUCUACCAAUGGAAGCCAGGUUAAUGAUUACAAUGAAUCUUUUACUAUACAUUCCCAGGGCUUUAUUUUUAAAUGCCACUGUGCCUUUAACUAGGUUGUAAAUAGUUUAUGCCCACCAGAGACGUGGUCAUAAGAUCUGAUCCUGAGCCAGAGAUUCAGAUGGCACAGGAGGUAUUCAUGUAUUUUAACACUGGGGUUUUCUUUCUUUCAUACUGAGAUUUUUUUCAAUAUGUAUCCUCCAGCUCUUAAAGCUUACCUGAGAAAGCUUUAAAUGAAAAAAGGACCAUGCCAUUGGUGCUGUGUUACAUACACAUACUUUCUUGGCUUUUGAGUAGCUCAGGUGUGGCUUUUGGCUGCAGAUGUUAAAUUUUGAUACCAUGUAAACCUACCCAGCUUCUCAAACUUGGGUCUUGUUUUUUGAUGGGAGCAGGGGUGUUUAGAGUAAGCCUCUGAGUGUGCCUUUCGGAUUUCGAACAAGCGGCCUUUUCUGAACAUCAACUUCUACUACUCUCUAGCCUUAAAAUAUGUUCUGCUUAGAUCCAGGGCCCUUUUAUUGGAGACUGGAAAAGUAGAAUUCAGGAAUUAAAAGAAUUACUCUUUAUUUAAUUUGAGGAACUUGGUUAAAGCCCCUGUUCUUAUGACAGCCAGGUUCCUGCUGGCUAGACCAGCCUGUUCAGCGCUUUGCUUGGGUGGUCCACGCACUCGCUAAUACAGUUCUGGCAGGUGUGGAAUGAUGUCAAUAGGAUUGCUUGGCUUUUUCCCCCUGUGCCUUUGCUCGGUGCCCUGGUUUCCUCAGCAACACUCCUUGUGAGGGGCAGAGACAGGGUCCACCAACUCCCCAAGAUGAGGAAGCCCCUUCAGGCCAGGCGCAGUGGCUCAUGCCUGUAAUCCCAGCACCUUGCAAGGCCGAGGAGGGUGGAUCACUUGAGGUGAGGAGUUCGAGACCAACCUAACCAACAUGGCGAAACCCCGUUUCUACUAAAAAUACAAAAAUUAGCUUGGUGUGGUGGUGCGUGCCUGUAAUCCCGGCUACUUGGGAGGCUGAGGCAGAAGAGUCACUUGAACUUGGGAGAUGGAGGCUGCAGUGAGCCAAGAUCAUGCCACUGCACUCCAGCCUGGGCAAGAGGUAUUUUAAGACUCUUAAAGAGCCUGGGCAAUUUUUUUAAGAUUCCAUCUUAAAAAAAAAAAUAGAAAGAAGAAAGCUCCUUCACUGUGCAGGGGACAGGAGACCACGGAUUGGACCACAAAGGGAUUGAACUGCAUCUGCAUGUUUGUCCUUUGAACACUUUCUCUGCCUGCCCAAAAGGAAACCCAAAUUAUUUCUGGGAUACUGGGGAAAUUGUAGUGAAGGGUUUAAUGUAGUUAAUAAAAGUGAAAAGUCAGUAGAAAACAGAAAUGCCUCAGCCUUCAAAUGGUUGCGUGUUUUUCCAUUUUCUCUCAUGAAUAGACUCACCAGUAUUUUACCCCCUUGUUAUAAAAUUGUGCAGAGCAAGAAGAUGAUACUUAUUUUUGAAUUUGUAUUUUUAAAACUAGAUUUAUAGACUUUUUUUUUUUUUAACUAGGACACUUGCUUCCUUCUUAGCUAAAAGCACCAGUUCAGAUUUUUCAGGUAAUUUUGUUGUUACUUAAGACUGGAAUUAGUAUGUUUCCGGUAUUGCUCAUUUUUUCUCCUGGCUAUAAUAGAAUCUCAUCUAACCUUGACAUCUCUCCUAGGGGAAGAAUGUCACAGGCCAAUAGCGUGGGCAGGGGUGGAGAUGCUACCAGUUAUUAAAUCGGGAAUCACUUUUAUGUAUGUCCUUGUUACAUUGAGGUUAAAAGGCAAAAUCAUUGGCAGUGCAAUCCCUUUCCAGGAUUUUGUUUGCUGUGGCAUUGGUUGUAUCAGAGCACUUUAAUCUGAAGGAUGAUACUGUAACUUGAUUUAUCUAAUUAGCUUUUAAUUAUCUACAGCUAUUUUAUUUCUCUCCUACAGUACUGGGAUCACUGUAACACUGUAAACUUCUCAGAUGACUUGUAUUUUUAUAGUGUUAUGAAAUUUAUUUACAUACUUAUAAAGAAAACUGUAUAUUCACUUGAACUCUGAAAAUGUACAUGUAUGGCUGGAUGCAGUGGCUCAUGCCUGUAAUCCCAGGAGACCAAGGCAGGUGAAUCACUUGAGGUCAGGAGUUCGAGACCAGCCUGGUCAACAUGGCAAAACCCUAUCUCUACUAAAAAUAUAGAAAUUAGUUGAGUGUGGUGGCAGCCACCUGUAAUCUCAGCUACUUGGGAGGCUGAGGCACAAAAAUCGCUUGAGCGAGGGAGGCGGAGGUUGCAGUGAGCCGAGAUCACACCAUUGCGCUCCAGCCUGGGCAACAGGUGAGAUUCUGUCUCAAAAAAAAAAAGAAAAAAAAGAAGUGUACAUGUAUAUAUUUGUCCCGCAUUAUGUUUUUUACUUGAUAUAAAUGUAUUUUUACUGUGAUAGCCCAAAUGCACUGGGGGCAGUUGUGCUCUGCGUGGUUCUUCUUCCACUGGAGAGCUGGAGUAGAGACCUGCGGUGUUCAUAAGGAUGUUGGUUUGGAGAUGUCUGCUGCUAGGACCUGGGGUGUGUGACUCAUUCCAUAUGAGAGGGACAUCUGGGUGGAGGAGUGAAUUCCUGUGCUCUGAAAUGCCACUUGGAAGCUCUGGACAAUGAAGGACAAUUGACUCAAGGGUGCCUGGCUUCUGCUGCUGCUGAGAAAAAAUUCAAUUUAUAGCAUUUCUGCACCUCUCAAAGUAGAUAACCUGGAGAUCAUUCAGUCAACAACUGUCCCUGAGGACUCAGUUUUGGGGGAGGGGUUAUCUGGUAGAAGCUUUAGCCUGUUCUGAGCCAUUAGCAGACAUUAGUGAAUUGGAGCACUGGAGAAUCCUACAAAUGGACUGUAUCUCAGAAGAGGUGGGACCUCCUUCCAACUGCUGCAGAUGCUGACAGGCCCUGGGAGGCAGCUGUGCUCUGGAGAAGCUGGAGCAGUUCAUUUCUUGGCCUAGCCUGGCUGCCUCAGAAAGAGCAGUCAGGACUUGAAGGAAGCAUCAAAUUCUACACCCGUAAACUGGUUAGAGGUCAGCUUUGUGAAAUGUCCAGCAUUUGCCCGAUUGUUUCAGAUCAUCUCAUUCCUCAGGCUUUGGCAGGUAUCCCGCCCUCCAUCUUAUUCCAGUGUGUUCACCUCAUCAAGGCAGCAGAGUGGAUGAAGGAGCAAGCCUGCUCUUUGCCAUACUGAACAGCUGUGGGCCCCGAUUGGUGACGGCUCUGCACAGGCCUGUAUGAAGGAGAUACAGGUGUGUGUGCACAUGCCUGUAUGAAGAAGACACAGGCGUGUACUUCUCAGUUUUGCUAACAGUGGGAGCUCAACAGGGCAGAGAGGGCAGAGAGGGAGGGAGGUCCAUGAUGCUCAGCCAUAUACUGGAGAGGCAAUUUAAUGUUAAAUGACACGCCAUUCUUCCUUCCUGGGUCCCUUCUCCCAGUCAACUUUUUUCUUUUUCUAGAACUAAUAAUUAUCUCUCACGACUGAAAAAUUAAUUGCCUUAGGUAGAGAACUUAAUUCCUAGUAUCCACCAAACUUAACUCUGUGGUGUCUCCAUAUCUACUGUGUGAGCUACUUAACUGACGCCCCCUUCCUCCAACUGAAGGAUCGCCCAAUGUUUUUGGAUUAUAGAAUUAUUAUUUCCUGCUUUCUUUCUUUGAGACUUUUGAAUUUCUUUGGUUUCAUUUUUAAGAAGUAACCCAACAUUUCCUACAACACUAAAUGAAAUGGUACUACCUUUUAAAGAUUUGUGUCUGUAGUUUGGUAUGGGUGCAAUAAAAAUUUAUUCUGUCU